AUGUCUUUCGGUUGGUUGUUUUACGGCGAGCUGGUGCUGCUGGUGGGAUCCACCUUCGUCGUUGGCUUUUCGGAGCACAGCUUGGUUUCGAAAAGUUUCGUGCAGGCGCAGCAGGAGUGCGUCGAGUACCUGAAAAUUCCGAAGUGCCGGCUGUACCAGUACCUCAACUACAACUACCCGAAUGACGCGCAAACCAAGUGCAUGAUCCGCUGCGUCGGGCUGAAUUUGAAGUGGUGGUACGCGGAUGUAGUCCUGCGUCCCGAGAUAAUCGGGCAGUAUUUCCUGCCGGACGGGGCGGAUGAGGCAAACCAGCAGCGUACCAAAGCUUGCAUCCUGCGCCGAACGUCGCCCGGGGAGCCGGGUUCCUGUGGCCAUGCGUUCGAAAUUUUCCAGUGCUACCUGGAGCAGUUUGGAGAGCUUCUGAACUGUCCGAAGCAAGUUCCACUCGAGGACACGCAGCUUGCCGAGGUGGUCGAUUUCUGUCUCGGCCUAAACGAGGUGACCCUCGACGAGUUCGCCAACUACACCACCGGAGCGGACUUCUCUGCAACGGAUGCGUCCCGGUGUCUGUUACGCUGCUUCGCCAUCCGCGCUGGGUUCUACUCCGACCAGCACGGACCGUACCAGAAGCGGUACGAGCUGCAGUUCGGUACGCCGACCGAUUGGAACGACCUCGAGGCGGACUACUGUGCAGCCCGGUAUCGUCGCGACGGUCUCGAAGAGUGCACGCUAGCCACGCGCGUCCUUUUCGACUGUUACGACUUCGUGGGCACCCUACAACCUGCCCUGCUUCGUGUCCUGGAGCUCCUGAAGGUUCAGCAAAUGAUGGCGCUUGAGCAUUUGCCGACGUAG